UUUCAAGUUGAAUGUGUGUUGUUCCAGAUCCCAAACUGUGUCAAAAUGGUUGAAGCAGAUCGUCCUGGCAAGCUGUUCAUUGGUGGGCUGAACACAGAGACUAAUGAGAAGGCUCUUGAAUCUGUCUUUGGCAAAUAUGGCCAUAUAGUAGAGGUUCUCCUUAUGAAAGACCGUGAAACCAACAAAUCAAGAGGGUUUGCUUUUGUUACCUUCGAGAGUCCAGCAGAUGCCAAGGAUGCUGCCAGAGAUAUGAAUGGAAAGUCUUUAGACGGAAGAUCAAUUAAAGUUGAACAAGCUACCAAGCCAUCCUUUGAAACCGGUAGACGUGGGCCCCCUCCCCCUCCAAGGAGCAGAGGUCCUCCAAGAGGUUUUAGAGGCGGAAGAGGUGGAAGUGGAACACGGGGUCCCCCUUCAAGAGGGAGUUAUUUGGGUUCUUCUAGAGGCCCUCUACCGAUGAAAAGGGGUCCACCCCAACGUAGCGGUGGCCCACCACCUAAAAGACCUGCUCCUUCUGGACCUGUUCGUAGCAGUAGUGGAAUGGGAGGCAGAGCACCCCUCUCACGUGGUAGAGACGGUUAUGGAGGACCGCCACGCAGAGAACCACUGCCAUCACGAAGAGAUGUCUACCUGUCUCCAAGAGAUGAUGGUUACAGUACUAAAGACAGCUAUUCAAGUCGGGACUAUCCAAGCUCCAGAGAAACAAGAGAUUAUGCCCCACCGCCAAGAGAUUAUGCCUACCGUGAUUAUGGUCACUUCAGUUCACGUGAUGAAUACCCCUCAAGAGGCUACAGUUCCAGAGACAAAAAAGAAUAUACUCCACCUCCAAGAGAUUAUGCCUACCGUGACUAUGGUCAUUCCCGUUCAAGUGAUGAGUAUCCCUCAAGAGGUUACAGUUAUUCUUCUUACAGUAAUCGUGAUGGCUGUGGAGGGCGUGACCGGGACUACUCUGAUCACCCAAGUGGGGGCUCAUACAGAAAUUCCUAUGAGAGUUAUGGUAACUCACGUAGUGCUCCACCUGCACGAGGGCCCCCUCCAUCUUAUGGUAGAAGCAGUCGCUAUGUCGAUUAUGGGAACACCCAAGAUGGGUAUGGUGGAAGUCGAGAAAGUUACUCAAGCAGCAGAAGUGAUGUCUACUCAAGUGGCCGGGAUCGUGUGGGAAGACAAGACAGAGGCCUCACCCCUUCUAUGGAAAGGGGUUAUGCUCCUCCACGUGAUUCUUACAGCAGCUCCAGCCGCGGAGCACCCAGAGGUGGCGGCCGUGGAGGGAGCCGCUCUGAUAGAGGUGGAGGCCGAAGCAGAUACUGAAACCUUUAAAAGUGCUGGACCA